UAUCUUGAAAAUGCCUUUGGAUAACGACCACAAUCAUCAUCUCCAUCACCACCAUGUGGAUAUAAGUGGAUUAUCACCGCAUCAUCAUCACCAUCAUUUGUUGGACAGUAGCUGUGGAAAUGCCACCGACCACCAUCACAACAUUGAUCUGGUUACCACCUUGCGCAGUGAAAUAGCAGCCUUAUCAUACAAAAAGGAACGACUGUCAUCAGAACUUUCAGAAACCAAAGCCUCCUUAUGUAGUCGCGAAUCGGAAGUUGAAAACCUCCGUGCUCAGGCGGCACGACAAACUGCUCUCAUCUCCUCCUUACAAAGUCGGCUGCAUGCUGCCGAAAAUCGUGAGGAGUCUGUGCAGCAACGUUGCGAUUCCACCAUACAGACAAUACAACGUGAGAAACGAUCCGCCGAUGAACGAUGUAAGGAGCUGUUGGCCAAGAUUCAGCAUUUAGAGACUCACUUGGCUAACGAGGAAUCACAAAAAGAGCAGGCCCGAAAUCAAUUAUGUGAUUUUCUCAAACGUCUGAGUAUGUGUUUGGGUAUGGAGGCCUGUGAUAGUGCCACUCUAACAAUGGAUUGUGUACUGACGCGUGGUGAAGAACUCAUGACAGAGCUGCAAAGGACCAAAGCGAAGUUGGCAUCCACCUGUGAUACCUUGAGUAGUUGUGAAAAUGAGCUGUCCAAUUUAAAAUCCCUAUCGAAUAUCGAGAAACAACGUUUGAGUGCCCAAUUGGAUAGCAGCACCAAUCAUGAACAUGAGUUGGAGGCACGAUGUCGUCAAUAUGAAAGGGACUUGCACUUGAAUCGGGACCGUUUGACUGAAUCGGAAAUUAAUGCUGAAAAAUUGAAAGAGGAGUUGAGAGGAUUUGAGUCACGUUGUCAUCGUCUGCAGACAAAUUUGGAUCGGGUGCAAAGUGAUCGUUUGUCGUUCCUACGUUCGCUGGCCAAUACUCUUAAUGUGUCAGAGCCUUGUGAGACCCUGAUUAAGGAUAAGAUACGAGAGAUUUUGAACGAUAAUAAAGCAAUGCAUUCGCAAAUCCACUCUUUGCGCGAACAGAUAUCCUGCGAACACAACAAACUGAAGGAAACUCAAGAGACUACUCAAUGUCGUCUGAGGAGCGAGGAAGCCCAAAAAUGUGAACUUGAAGAGAGGUUGGAAAAAUGCCACGCUGAGAUUCACAGCUUGCGCAAUGACCACUUAGGAUUAUCGGAAUUUCUACAGCGCCUAGCGAAGGCUUUACAUUUCGGAGAAUGUUCUACGCCGCCAGCCUUGGGUACCGAUACAAAUAUUAUGGCUGAAAGUCUUUUGGAAAAAGCCGAACGUUUGGCAGCCGACCAUCAUCAUUUGGUGGAGCAUGGUCACAAUCAUCAUCAUCAUUUGCCGCACAUACGAAGUGCUGAAAAGAACUGCUGUGAUCACUAUCACCAUGUACAUGGCCCCACUAAGUUACGUCGGGAACGUUCCUGCCAUGACAUUCCCCUUAAAGAGACAACCAGCACCCUGUAUAAUCUGCAACGUAAGGUACGUGUCCUCAAGGAACAGGUACAGAGACGUGAUUUACAUUUGGAAUUACUCAAACGUAAACUGGCCAUUAUUGAAGAUGGGGCACGGGGUAAAUGUGUCUUGCAGGGUGAACGUGACGAGGCGGUGUGUCGAGCCAAAAAGGCCAGUAAGGCUGUGGAUAAACUUACAGCUCAGCUGGCAGAUGCUCGUACUCAAAUUGCCGAGGCAAAGGCUCAAUUGGCCGAAGCUGCUGAGUACAAAAUAACCGCUCUCGAGAGGGCACGUAAAAUCGAUGAUCUCACCAGUCAGCUGUGUGAUUUGGAGGAGGAGAAGACACGACUUAUGGCACAAGUAAGUUCCCUAAAGGAACGUCUAGAGUCCAUGGAGGAAUCAAAUCGAAAUCGUCGCUGUCGGGAUGAAACUUUAAUAAAUUCCCUUCGUGACGAUUUGGAACAUGUCCAAACGCAACUCACCGACGCCAAUCAUCGGCUUUCGCAUUUGCAAAAUUUUCGUACAUCUGUGGCGCGUACACUGCACCUACGCGAUUUGCCAGAAACGGAUUUGUUGCAACGCUUACAGGCCCUGUGCUCGGCCCAUCAGGAAUUCACGUUGCUUUCGAAACGCUAUGAAACCGCUUCGCCUAUUGGUGAUCAUCCAUGUCCACGUUAUGAUGACCCAAUACCACCCUCUACACAUUGUCGGCCACCUCGAUAUGAACAUGCAGGAACCUCCUCAUUAGAACCACCACCUCACCUGAGCCAUCACACUCACUCACAUGGACGCAUACGCUCACGCAGUGCCCAUAAACAUCUCAGCAACAAACAUUGUGAAACGGAACCUGACAUAAGUUCCGAUGAUCAUUUCGAUCAUAAUCAUCAUCAACAUCGUCAUCACAAUCAUCGUGUUCAUCCCCACCGUUAUCAUUAA